ACACAGAGUGUCCUCCCCAUCUACCGCUCCAGCACCAUCAUCAUCAAUCAUCACCACCGUUUCCUUCCGUCAAGAUCAUGGCCACCAACCAGAAAGCGCGACAGGCGUGCGAUAAUUGUCGCUGCCGAAAGAUCAAGUGCGACCGAGCCGAGCCCUGUCUGAACUGCGUGGACUCCUCCCUGAGCUGCAGAUAUCUGCAUGUUAUACAAAAGAAAGGUCCUAAACGCGGGGUUGGCCGGCGUCUUGCUCGCCUGCGGCAAGGGUCUACAAAUGAUAUUGAUGCGGAUUUUGUGAAUGUCUUUAUGCCCGAGCGGAGUUCCACGAUUAGGCCGGAGAACGAGAGCACAAGCAACAAGGGCAAUGACUUUUGUCCCCGGCAGGACAUCUCUGCAUCAUUUGCCCUCUCGCCAUCUCGAACCACCAAAGAGUCCACCGAAAGCCCAGGACCUCUUGACCAUGAGCUUUGCGAGAUAGCGGACAGCGUGGAGUUGGAGAGCAGAUCUGUUGCGAACUCCCAAUCAAUGGCGCACUUUCUAAUAUCUCACAUCUCCAUAUUCUUCAAGCAUCUAUUUCCGAUAAUGCCAGUCGUGGACAAGGAAGAAUUACUUGCAGACGUCCUGCACUACGAAGACUUGAAACCGUCACGACUUGCUUUGAUUUUUGCUCUAUGUGCGGUGACGCGUUUACAGCUCCGGCUGGACCACUCAGAAGAAGCUGUGCAGGAUUUUGGCAGCGAAACCCCUGCAGCUCCAGAUUUGACCGGCGAAGAGCUACUAGAAAUAGCUCAGCAUUCGCUUCAUCAAUACUGUCUAAUAGAUGAUCUCACGCUCGAUUCGGUCUUGGCAUCUUUUUUCUUGUUCUCUGGCUACGGAAAUCUGGACAGCAAUCGCAAAGCUUGGUAUUUCUUGAAUCAAAGUAUCACUCUGGCACAAGCAAAUAGUGUAACAAACGAGAAGGAUUAUACCGGCUUUUCCGAAAAUGAAAAAGAGUUGCGACGGCGCAUUUUCUGGCUUUUGUUUGUCACAGAAAGAACUUUUGCACUGCAAUGUCGACGAUCUGUUAUGCUACGCGGUCGAGUCUCAAAGCCCAAAAUGGAAUACUCCGCCUAUCCCGAGGUCAUACAUGACUUCCUCAACCACAUUGACCUCUUUGACUCGUUACCGCCAUCUCUCUAUGACUGGACCAUCGAUGACCAAGGACAGUUGCGGGUUACCGCCAGCGCGCUUCCAAAUAAAAUCCACUCCCGACUUUGCGAUCUUAAACCAGAGACUUCAAUAAUCGAAAGUCAGAGAUUUGACUCGCUAAUGACACUCCAGUGGCUGCGCAUAUGCAUGUGGCAACUGGCAUUCGGUAGUAAACAUGGCAUGGAAUCCAAUCGCAAUCUAAUGCGGCCUUCAGAGACUCCUCUUGACGCUAGCCGGAUACUCAUGACAGCACUAAACGCAGUCAGUCCCAAAUCCAAGGACUGUCAUGGAAUUAGUGUGGAGCAAAAACUGUAUGAUAUUGGUGCAUGUCUUGUUGACUACUCCCUUCUGCACGGACCGAGCUACUCCUCGUGGGAGCUAGGCCCACGCGACUAUAUGAAUUCUAUCGUCAAAGCGCUUUCCAAAGUUGGCGGGCACCAGUCCUGGUACCUCCCACAGUUACUCAAAUACUCUGAUGAUCGCCUCGGAUGUCGAAGCCCCAGAAACGUCCUGAAUACGCAGCCAACUGGUUUCUUCAGCGUUUGCGCGACUGCUCCAACUGUCCAAGCCGAAGACAGCGAUGACGUUUCACAAUCUAGAGCGGAACUUCUGGAGGUAUCUAACUGGACUCUUCCUGAUGAUCUCGGUUCUUGGAAUCUUAACGGCCUUCUCACUCCAUCGUCGCUUCCUACUCCACUUCAACUAUAAAACUGAAAUGUACUAGUAUCUAGUUAUACGAUCUAUUUUGUU